AUGGAAGCAGCAACACCUCACGCAGAUGAAAAGGCCGUCCCUAAGCCUGAACCACCGAUUCACACCGAAGACUUCAAGGUAACAGCGCAUGGCGAUGUGCUAGCUGAGGAGGCCCUUGGGGCCAGUGUACAACCUGGAUAUUUCAGGUCUCCAACAUUCUUGGGCACUGUCCUGGCCCAAGCAUUGAGUGUGCAAGCGGCAUAUUUCGGCUGGGUCCUUGCUUCUAACAGCCUCGCUACCAUGAAUGAAGAGCUUGGACCAAGCGACAGCUACCUUUGGAUUCCGCUGGCUUACACUCUCACUCUGGCGACUGGUUAUCUUCUCUUCGGACGGCUCUCGGAUAUAUUUGGACGCAGAUGGUUUGUCAUCUAUUCAACCGCCCUUGUUCUCGUUGGUUCUAUCGUCGCCUGUACAGCUCAAUCGAUUUCGGCCUUGAUCGUCUCGAAUGUCUUCAUUGGUCUCGGCGGUGCAGCUCAGUUCUCUUACGGCUGUAUAUUACCAGAGCUAGUCCCUUGCAAGGCACGAGGACUGGUCAACGGCUUUAUCAUGGUUUUUUCAAUCCCUGGUGCAGCAUUCGGUCCAGUCAUCGCCAAAGCCCUGAUUGUCAGUACCGCAGCAAGGACACUGAAGGAGAAAGUCAUGACACUCGACUUUGGUGGUAUCACGCUCUUCCUCGCGGGUAUGGUCCUUUUCCUCCUGGGUAUCAACUGGGGCGGAAACAUCUAUCCCUGGAAGUCUGCUGCUGUUAUUUCGACCAUUAUCAUCGGAUUUUUACUCUUGGUCGCCUUCGUGGUAUAUGAAUCAUACGUCCCAUCCGACCCGUUUGUUCCCCUGUGGCUCCUCAAGAACACUCAGUUCAUGCUGCUGACGGUGAUUGCCUGUGUCGGAGGAAUGCUAUACUAUCCCCUCAAUAUUGUUUGGCCCACAGCGACUGCGGCCCUGUGGACAGAUGACCUUAUCUACCAGGGCUGGCUUACCAUGGCAUUCGUAGGUGGCAACACCCUGGGCGACAUAGUCUGCUGUGCUAUAUUUGCACGCAUUGGAAGAAUCCGCUAUCAACUCAUGUUUUUCACGACUGUGGUGACAGCCUUGAUCGGCUCGCUCGCUUCGACAACCCAACAUUCUAAGGACCGGAGCAUGGUCCUUGUCACCCUGGGAACAAUCGCCUGCGGCUGUGUGGAAAUGAUUCCCAUCACCUCCAUCACUUUCACCGUCCAACCCGAAGACAUUGGGAUGGCGAUAGGAACUCAAGGUGCCAUCAGGUCGCCGUCGGCCGUUACAGCAGCCGGACUUCCAGCUUCAUCCUUACCCGCACUGUUCACGGCCCUCACUCAAGGUGCAGAUGCCCUACAGACAGUACCGGGAUUCAAUGCUCGAGUUGGUGCUGCGCUCUCCACUGCACAGAAAGACGCGUUCUCCGGGGCCUUGAAGAUCGUUUUCGUGAUGACCAUCGCAUUCGGUGUUUGUGGGAUGGUUGCCUCUGUCUUCAUCAAGAAUAUUGACCACCUCCUGACGGGGGAGGUGGUGCGAAGGUUGCACGAUCGUGGACAGACAGAACUUCACGAGGCAAAAGCAAGAGAAUACGACGCUCCAAGAUUGGCGACAGAUGUUGAAGAGAAAACAGGUUGA